AUGGUUUUCAAUAUUGUCACAGUAGCUGGGGCGGCGAUUCCAACGAUAUGCGCUACCUUUUUUGCUCAUUUUAUAUAUAGACAAGCAAGAGCUCAAAAGCCUACUUCUCGAAUUUCAUACGACGAGGGAGUCGCUUUGAUUCGAAAAUUUUUAGUGCAUGCCUCUCAUCAUACCGUUGAAGAGCUACAGAAAUUUACAGCCCAAUGGCUACCACAUCCACCCUCGGUCAAGGUAGAUAUAAUUCAUAUUGAAGAAAAUUUUCUUCAGAAAUCCGCUGAAGCCAUCCAAAUUCAGCUCGGAAAGCGUGGCAUAGAAAGAGUAGGUGGAAAAUUGUGGUGGCAAUGGAGAAUGCCUGGGGAUGAAUUGACUGCAGAAUGGGUUGAGAUGAAGAGUGAUUACAACCAACGUAUUUCAGGCGAGCAUCAUGGGAAAACAAUUAUGCUCUAUGUGCACGGGGGUGCCUAUUUUUUUGGCUCUGUCAAUGAGCAUCGCUAUCAACUACAAAAGCAUGCGCGUAAAUUGAAAGCUAGGGUUUUAGCACCCAACUACCGGCUUGCACCACAAUACCCUUUCCCCUGUGGUCUACAGGAUUGUUUGGCAAUAUAUAUGUACUUACUUACUAUACAGGACGCAUCUUCUAUUAUAUUAGCAGGUGACUCUGCUGGUGGGGGCAUGAUUUUAAGUAUACUGGUUAUAUUAAGAGAUCAAGGGGUUUCACUUCCAGCUGGUGCUAUACUUAUAUCCCCGUGGGUUGAUUUAACGCAUUCAUUUCCCAGCGUUGCUCAGGACAAUCCAUACGAUUAUAUACCAUCCCAUGGGUUCCUGCAUAAACCAUCCAUAUCCUGGCCUCCUCCCUCUUCAGAUGAAGUUUUAGCUAUCGAGGAUGCUAUCGGGAGAACAUUAAUGGAUAAAAGUUCACUUCCAAAAUAUAAGGAGACAGGUCCAAAACCGGUCGUUAUAGUGGAUGGAGAGCCGAUGGAAAUAAAAGAUCAGAUACAUAUGUACGCAACAAAUGAAAUGCUUCAUCAUCCGCUGAUAUCACCCGUCUUUCAGCCAUCACUCGGUGGCCUACCACCCCUAAUGAUCUUAACGGGUGGUGGUGAGGUGUUACGCGAUGAACAAAUUUACAUAGCACAUAAAGCGGCAAACCCAACUAAAUAUCCAACAGGCCCGGAUUUUUUUGAGGAUUCUGAGCAGUACAGGUUAAAAGAGCUAACUAAUCGAUGGGCACCCACAAAAGUUCAACUGCAGGUGUGGAGUGAUCUUUGCCAUGUAGCACCGACACUGAGCUUUACUCUACCAGCAAAGUACAUGUUCCGAUCUAUGGCUCAAUUCGGUACAUGGGCAAUUACUCAAGCACAGCAGGAAAAUAUAGAUAAUCUAGAUUCCCAUGACGAAUCCUAUACUGCCUCCUUUAUUGGUAAUGCCGGGGAUCCUCUUCCUAGGUUCCGAAAUAAUAUGAUACGGGAACGAGUUGACCACCAUGGAAAAAUUACUAGUCUUGAACCUGAAUCAGAAAUUGCAGCUUGCAAGCUUCACUUCUCGAAAAUUGGAGUCGUCAAUGCAGAAAUGGUGGUUAAGUGGCUAACCGCUAAGCUAGAAAAUGACAAAAAGUUUGCCACUCUCUCAAAAAAAAUUCAGAAACAACGAAUAAAAGAAUAUUCUGAAAGUCGUCUAUCUAUUGAAAGUAAAGAAUUCCCGCCAUUAACUGCGCUUGCUUGCCGCCGUUAA